AUGUCCUUCUCCAGCCUCAGACAAUCCGUCAACAAGUCUGAGUUGAGCACUAUCAUGAAGCCUCGCUCAUCCAAGAGCUCUUCCCGUAGGAGCUCUUCCUCAAAGAAGACCUUGGAUAACGACGCGACCUCCACACAUUCCACGGUUUCUGCCGCGACAACACUCCAGGGCGACGAGGUCCAUUCAUUGAAAAAGAAGUGGUUUUCCUUGCACACUUCCUCUCAAUCAAACAAGGACAAGUUAUACGCCAAGAACGCGAUGCGCAACGAGGCCACUGCAAACUACUUCAGCUUGCGCUAG